CAUAUGAAAAAAAUCCAGGGACUAGAUUGUAUUUAGAAGCAAUCUUGAUUCAUUAGGCCAUAUUCUUUAUUUGUUUAUUUGGAAAUGAAGACCAUAAAAAUAGUCAAAUAUUUUAAGAUAAGAGUUAUAGUCAUGAAACAACAAAUAAAUGGUGAACUAAGCAGAAGAAGCAGGAGAGAAAGAGAAAGUCAUCAUUAUGUUUAAACGAGAGAGAAAUCUCUGAAACAAAUUGGAUUCCCUGGCAAUGUGAAUGAAUAUGCAAGAGAGGCCAGCCCUGCUCCUGUGAACUGUUAUCCCACUAAAGUUAACAUGUCUAGACACGUCAUUAUUCAAUAGAGCAGGUCAUUGGAAGUGAAAUUAAAAUAGCUUGAAAUGAAUCGAGGUACCGUAUAAAAACUGCUCCUGGUGCUAACCUGAUCUCUCUUUGUAAAAUAUAUUUUCAUUUUCAUUUUUCAUUCUCUCUUUCUCGACAGUAGCGGCACACACUUAACUCACAACAUUGAAUAUUUCAGCACCCGAACAAUGAAUGGCAAGGUUGUUUUGAUGACCAAAUGUAAUACUCUUUCCACUUCUCCCUGCAGGUUUGGACAGCACAUAGGGCAACUAUUUAUUGCACUAAUGUCAAUGCAGGUGUUGUUGGAAAACAGGAUAAUUCAAGGUGUUCAGUUCAAAGAUAAUAUUUGUUGAUUUUCCCAUUUGGAUCUAACAGUGCUUCCCUCUUGUAGUCGGAUCAAAAAAACAUAUUGUUUUCUUUGGUUCCAAAUGAUCGCUUCAUGCCUUUAGGAAAAUCCACAAAGACAAUAUCCAGGGUGACCAUGGACACUGUGACCAUGCAGGUAGCACCAGGAGUAGCAAGCCAUGAAGACCCAGCAGGGAAUACAAAGCCUGUGAAGGCCAUCUACUACUCAAAAGCCAAGGGUGAAGAACCAGAGAGUGGAAAGAAUAGGAGUGGACCCGGCUCUGUAACAGUCAAAGGCUCCAAUGGAACCAAAGAGGACCCAUCUGUCACAACCAGUACAAGACCACUUGUCAACACAAAAUACAUGGUUGUACAUAAACCAGGUGAUAGAAUAACCUUGCCCAGGAAGCCAUACAUUGGAGACUCUAUCCGUUGUAAUGGUACAAGUGUAAGUCAGGGUGGGAGCAGAGUGGGUCACAGUCUUCUGAAAAGGCCUUCAAGCAGAAACCCAUUGGUGGGGCCAAAGGUCACGGAUGCCUUAAAAACUGACGCUAAAACAGAAAAUCCCAUUGUUGGGGACUGGACUAUAGUUAUAACUGUGAAAAACACUAAGCUGAAGACAUGUCCUCUUGGAGAAAAAGAUAGAACUUCGACAAAGACAUAUCCUGUUGGAAUCCUUCCUGAAAAUGCCACUCCGAGUUCUGGUUCUGAACAACCAAAAGUGAUUCCCGGCUUAAAGGACCUACCUGAUAGAAAAAUGGGUACAGAGACUGAAACAAAUGAGCCAGGGCAAGGGACUGAUGGCUUGGAGAGAUGGCUUGGAAAAUGAGGACAGUGCCCUAAAAGUGUCUGAAACAAGACAUUAAAAAAUAGCAUACUCAGAUGUUUUAUUUUAUUUUACCUU